AAUAAGAGCCUCUUCCCCUGUUUUCAUUCUUACAACUUCACAACUCUUACUUUUCUCUUCUUUUCGCCGACAUGGCUGUGAACCUCGUGAACUUGGCGCUGUCACUGGACCUGGCGUCGUCGCGGAGCGUGAUUAUGGAGAGGAAGGGUCGCCCCGUUGGAUCCGACGUCGUUUUGAGCUCGCCGCCUUCGAAGAGGGACGCGCCGUCGUCCUGCUGCUACGCCUCGGACGGGGACGCGCGGAGCCGCGUGGUGGUGGCGCGUGGGAAGUCGAACUCGGAGAAGAACGGCGUGGACUUCGACAGCGACGAGGAGGAGGAGGGCGGCGGCGGCGGCUUGGAGGACUGGGAGACGGAAAUGCGUCGGAGAGUGAGGGAGUUCGAGGAGCGGAGGGAGCUCGAGAAGAAGGCUGAGGAGUUGCAGAGUCGCGUUGAGGAAGGAAAGGAGGAAACUGAGGAAGAGAAGAGGAUGAGAGUCAGAAAAGAGCUCGAAAAGGUGGCUAAGGAGCAGGCGGAGAGGAGGGCCACUGCGCAGUUGAUGUUUGAUUUGGGUCAGAAGGCUUAUGGGAAAGGCUCCUAUGGACGUGCCAUUGAGUUUCUUGAAGCUGCACUCACCAUCAUACCCAGACCUACACUAUUUGGUGGUGAGAUACAAAUAUGGCUGGCUAUGGCUUAUGAGGCCAAUAACCGCCAUAAAGAUUGCAUUGCUCUAUACCAGCAAUUAGAAAAGACACACCCGAGUGUUAGCAUCCGACGCCAAGCUGCAGAACUUCGUUACAUUUUGCAAGCACCAAAACUCAAGAUAUCCCAGGAGGAGAUGGUGACUAUACCCUUGAUUGGCAACAGCUACGACAGUAUGUAUUAUGAUAUAAUUGUAGCUACGCGGGAACAUGGAGUGAUAAAUACAAGGACAAGGAUCAAAAAAUUAGUGGAUCAGUCACGAAUCAGCUUCCAUCAUCUAGAGAUUUCCUUGGGGACUUUCUUGUAUGGAAACCUCCUGUUGGGUUAGGGAAAAGUCGAGCAUUUUGGAUUGGCUUAACAAUAUGGUUGGGAUUAGUUGGAGCUGCCCUCAUUAUUCAAAGAUAAAAAUACAUACACUUAUAUACAAAGUUUGAGUUCUCCAAUUUGUGAUGUAUACAUUCUAAUUUGUUGUUAAUAGUUUUUUUUUUUAGUUUAUAUAAAGUGAAGUCCAUGUUGUAACAUUAUAGAAUGUCUGCAAUAGAUUUGUAAAGUUAUUGUAUCAAAUUGAUAAGGAUGUUAUGUUAUGUUUCCACAGUGUGUUCUUAUGUUGAAA